CAUAAUUAACACAGAACUAUAUAUGUUUUACAAGCUCAUAUAUAUAUAUAUAUAUAACAUCUCCAUCUUGCUUACUGUACCAGUACCACCAUUAAUUACUUCAGCCAUGAACUUGCUCGGGAGUGACCCCUUCUCGCGGUCUCCAUCAUAUUUAGAUGAGGAUAUCCUGAUAAGAAAACUCCUCCUUACCCAUGACCCUGAUGGUCGUCGUCUUGAUUCUGAGCUAUUGCUUCUUUUAACAGAGCACAUCAUGCAUUAUGCUACCACAUCAGAAGUACCAGUUGCCUCUUUGGUCGGUAACAUUAGCAACGUUGAAGAACUCAGUUCCCUAGAACCUCUCAGACAGGCCAUAUAUGAGAUUUCAAUCCAGUUGCUCUGCAAGUGUUCUAGUGAAGGUAAUCUCCACAUGAGGACGAUGGUUUUGUUUGAUAUGCUAGGGAAGUAUAAUUGGGAUGAGAAAAUGGCAUUAGUACUUGCAGCAUUUGUGAUAAGCUAUGGGAAAUUUAGGCUCCUUAUGCAACUCAAUCCUUGGCAUCCUUUGGCAGCAUCGAUUGCAAUGCUUAAGCGAUUGCCUAAUGACUUGAGAGCAUUGAAGCCUCGCUUUAAGGCAUUGAGCCUGUUGGUUAAGACAAUGAUGGAUGUGACAAAGUGCAUCAUCAAGUUUGAAAGCUUGCCACUUUCACAUGUAGAGCUUGAUCAAGAAAUUUCUGUUGCCAAGUCUUAUAUUUAUGUAGCUGCUUACUGGGUCAUUAGGAGCGCCUUCACAUGCUCUUCGCAAAUCACUGAUUUGACACCCAUGAAACCUGAGCAAGUGCAUUCAGAUUCAACAGUAAGUGCAGCAUGGGAGCUCUCAAGUUUGGUUUAUCGGUUAAGCAGGAUAUGCAGUUGCCUCAGACGGCAGGUGGAUGUGUGUCAUCAACAAUUAGAGAAAAAGAUUUGGGAAAAGCUAUUGAGUCUCUUUCAGGAGGUCCCCGGGGACAAUCAAGAGGUGCUCGAUACGUUAUUUGCUUCAACGAAUGACCUGCCACUUAAGGAUUGUUCCUCACAAGCAAAGGUUGGUGUGUCUGAGCUGAACAACAAGGUAGUGAUGCUCUUAAUCUCAAAGCCAGAGCUCCUCCCAAUAGAAAAAUUACUUUUGCUGGUUCAACAAACAUAUGAUCACCCUCUCAACAAGAAGUAUAAGGGAAGUUAUGAGAUUGUAUGGGUUCCCAUUCCGUCUACAAAUACAUGGACUGACGCUGAGGUGAGAAGUUUCAACCUUUUCUCAAACUCUUUACCAUGGUACUCAAUAAGGCUACCAUGGUUACUUAGCUCAGCAGUGGUGAACUAUGUAAAACAAGCAUGGACCUACACGGGUGAGCCUCUCAUGGUAGUGUUGGAUUCAAAAGGGAUGGUUAGCAACUCAAAUGCAAUUGACAUGGUAAUGAUCUGGGGAGCCCGGGCAUAUCCCUUUUCAGCUUCAGGGGAAAAAGUGCUCUGGGAAGAGGAGAAUUGGACAGUGCAACUUAUGAUUGGCGAGAUUGACACCUUAUUGGCUAGCUGGGUGGAAGAAGGCAGAAACAUUUGCAUUUAUGGAAGUGAGAACAAAGAAUGGAUUCAAGAGUUAAAUUCUAAAUUGACGGAAAUAAAAAGUGCAGGUGUGCAGCUUGAGAUGGUGUAUGUAGGCAAGAGGAACCUGGAUGAACAUGUAAGGAACAUUUUGGCCAGCAUUCCUAAAGAAAAUCAUACUGAUUCUAUCUCUUUCACGAAAAUUCAAUUCUUUUGGCUUCGGCUGGAGAGUAUGAGAAGGUCAAAACUCCGACUGGGAAAGAGCGUCGACACCGAUCAUAUUCUAAAGGAGGUGUCAGCAUUGCUAGACUUCACUGACAAGGGUUGGGCAAUAAUAGGGAAAGGGUCUUCCACAGAUAUUGUGAAGCUUCAAGGAAAAGAACUCGUACAAUGUUUGAAUCUUUUUCUUUCUUCACAAUGGGGAGAAAAUGUGGCAAACCUCGGAUUCCUGGAUGCCAUUAGGGGUGCUCCUGAACCUAUUCCUUUAACUGAGCCUUGCAGUCACUCUAAUGUCAUUCCUUAUGCUAAGGGGUUGCUUGAAGGAACUGCAAUUUGUGAGAAAUGUAAGCAUCACAUGAAGAAGUUUGUUGUCUUUGAAUGAAAUGUAAUGGACUAGGUGACUCCAAACUGCGUUUCCUGCACUUUCUGAUAUCCUUUUAGAUUUA